AUGCCCUUCUUGGACGCAUGUAUGCUCAUCCCUCCCUAUCAGAAAUUUCUCAAGGACGCUGUAACCGAGAGAAGAAAAGAGGUUCAGGGCAUGGUCGUUCUUUCUCAGGAAUGUAGUGCAAUCAUCACUAGGAAAGUGGUUGGGAAGAAGUUUGAAGAUCCAGGCAGUUUCACUCUCCCUUGUUCUAUUGGUCCUCUGGCAUUCAACCGAAGCUUAUGUGAUCUUGGAGCAGGCGUGUCUGUAAUGCCACUCACAGUAGCUAAGAGGCUUGGGUUCGAGAAGUAUCAAAAGUGCGACGUUUCCUUGGUACUUGCGGAUAGAUCAGUACGCAUCCCAGUGGGUAUGCUCGAGGACUUGCCUGUGCGAGUAGGAAACGUGGAGAUACCCACUGACUUUGUUAUCCUUGAGAUGGACGAAGAACCCAAGGAUCCGCUGAUCUUGGGAAGGCCCUUUUUGGCAACCGCUGGAGCUAUCAUCGAUGUUCAGAGAGGGAAGAUUGAGCUAAACUUUGGAGAUGACUUCAAGCUCAGCUUCGACAUCAAGAGAUCGAUGAAGAAACCAACCAUUGAUGGACAGCUCUUCUGGGUAGAGACUUUGGAUCAGUUGGCAGACGAGUAUCUAGAGGAGUUAGCCACAGAGGACCAGCUUCAGCUAACCUUGACUGAGAAAGCGGAGGAAAAGAGCUACUUCAACACCGAAUCCUUGGAGUAUGCUCGACUCUUAGACUCCCACAGAGGGACUGUUCCCAAUGACGUGGUUGAGGAAAUCAUAGGACGCUCCGUGAGAGUUGAGGAAAUCCACAAGGUAGAGGCAGAGCACGACCUCGAGCAACCUUCAGACGAUGACUGGAGCGAGCUCAAAGCCCCAAAGGUGGACCUCAAGACCUUACCAGAUGGGCUAAGGUACGCAUUUCUUGGACCAAAUUCAACUUAUCCCGUAAUUGUGAACCAAGAACUUACCCCACCCCAAUUAACCUCCCUCCUUAAUGAGUUGAGGAAGUUCAGGAGAGCAAUUGGUUACUCUUUAGAGGACAUCAAAGGCAUAUCUCCUGAGCUUUGUACUCAUCGCAUUCACCUUGAUAACGAAUCUAAGGGAUCUAUUGAACACCAAAGACGCUUAAAUCCCAACCUCAAAGAGGUGGUGAAAAAGGAAAUCCUUAAGUUGCUUGACGCCGGCGUGAUCUACCCUAUCUCGGAUAGUACUUGGGUCUCGCCGGUACACUGUGUGCCCAAGAAAGGUGGAAUCACAGUAGUCAAGAACGAAAAAGACGAAAUGAUCCCAACCAGAACCAUAACCGGUCACCGAAUGUGCAUAGAUUACCGAAAGCUCAAUGCGGCGACUAGGAAGGAUCAUUUUCCACUGCCUUUCAUCGAUCAGAUGCUUGAGCGGUUGGCGAACCAUCCUUUCUAUUGCUUCCUUGAUGGCUAUUCGGGAUUCUUUCAAAUCCCCAUCCACCCUAAUGACCAAGAGAAAACACCUUCACAUGUCCCUAUGGAACUUUUGCCUAUAAACGGUUCUCAAGCGCUGCGAGGAGACGAACCUAGUGCUCAAUUGGGAGAAGUGUCACUUUAUGCUUGCUCCACCAAAGACAGUCAAGGACGUGAGAAGUUUCCUUGGGCACCCGGUUUCUAUCGGAGAUUUAUCAAGGACUUCUCCAAAAUAGCUCGUCCUUUGACACGCCUCUUGUGCAAGGAGACUGAGUUCCUGUUUGACGAGGAGUGCCUUAAGGCAUUUGAGAUGAUCAAGACUGCCUUGGUCACGGCCCCGAUUGUGCAAGCACCAAACUGGGACUACCCUUUCGAGAUCAUGUGUGAUGCUAGUGACUACGCCGUGGGAGCUGUGCUUGGCCAGAGGAUAGACAAGAAAGCUCCACUAGUCUUUGCGUUCGAGAAGUUCAGAAGUUAUCUCGUGGGUUCAAAGGUGAUAGUCUACACUGAUCAUGCAGCCUUAAGACAUCUGUUGGCAAAGAAGGACACCAAGCCAAGGCUCCUGAGAUGGAUACUUCUUCUCCAGGAAUUCGAUCUCGAGAUUUUGGAUAAGAAAGGGGUUGAGAACGGAGUUGCGGAUCAUCUCUCAAGGAUGAGAGUCAAUGGACCAGCACCUAUCGACGAUACUCUGCCUGAGGAACAGUUACUCUUGGUGGAAAGUCUGGGAAAAGCAUUACGCCAACUACUUGGUGUGUGGAGAGGUCCAGCCGAUCUAUCUCCUUACCAGAAGAAGAAGUUCUUCAGGGACAUCUCACACUUCUUUUGGGACGAACCAUACCUGUUCAAGAGAGGAUCAGAUGGUCUGUUUAGGAGGUGCAUAGCUCAGGAGGAAGUAGAAGGAAUACUCGAGCAUUGUCACGGAUCGAGCUACGGAGGUCACUUUGCGACUUUCAAAACAGCUUCCAAAGUUCUUCAAGCCGGAUUCUGGUGGCCAAGCCUUUUCAAAGACACUCACGACUUCAUUGCAAGGUGUGAUAGAUGCCAACGAGAAGGGAGCAUUUCCAAGCGCAAUGAAAUGCCACAAAACCCGAUACUUGAGGUGGAAGUGUUUGAUGUAUGGGGCAUCGACUUCAUGGGCCCCUUUGAGCCACCUUCUCAUGGGAAUAGAUACAUCCUAGUGGCAGUUGACUAUGUGUCCAAGUGGGUCGAGGCAAUCGCUUCCCCAACGAACGAUGCCAAGGUUGUGCUCAAGCUGUUCAAAAGCAUCAUCUUCCCGAGAUAA